AUGGCGGGCACGCACUACACGGAACAUGGCCUGUGGAUGAUUGGUUGGACUCCCAGCGCUGAGGAGGAAGAAGAAGAUGCCGCCGACUAUGAGAGGCGGCGCAUCCACGCCGACGAGCGGAAAUAUGGCGAGAGCUUGGAGCGUCAGCUCAGGAAGCAGCAGCGCUACUCUAAGCUGGGCGAGCCGCAGCAGCGCUCCCACUUCGAGCUGGACGAGCAGGAGCGUGGUUUCGCAUGGGUCGCACGGCCGCACUUCAACGGAAGCUUCUCCGUGCCCGGCAUCACCACCUCCUGGUUCAAGCGCCCGGAGUACGCGUCCGGCAUGGCCCUCGCCCCGUUCAUCCGCCAGCCCAACACCGAGGUGCGGGUCAGCGUCCCCCAGUGCGUGCUGCUGUGGCUCUGGGCGGCGUCGGUGACGCAGUUCCAGCACAAGGACCUGCGCUGGGACGCCUGCCUGUCGGCGGGCGCGCAGGUGGUGCAGCACUUUGUGGCCGCCAGGCCCGCGGGCGAGGACGAGGUCAUGGACCGGCCCGCGCGCUGGGACCCCGAGACCGAGGCGCGGCUCGUGCCCGCCGACCCGCAGCCGGCCGGCGCGUACAUGCCCGUCGACGAGACCAGGGUCAUGGGCUUCCGCGUGCUCGUCGCCCACCACGGCGGCGCGGCCUGGCACGUCUACAACCCCUACCUCACGAACUGGGUCGACAGGCACGGCGACCAGGACGGCGGCGUCAUCGUCAACUACAUGCUGGCCGCGCUCGAGAGCUGGGCCGGCCGCGAGGUCGAGCUGGGCCUCCACGCCUACCAGCUGUACCGCUCGUUCCGCCCGCGCGUCCGGAGUGUUGAGCUAGAGCCGGGCCCGGACUUCCUCGCGUCGCUUUCCAAUUACCACGUCGGCUUGAGGGUGACGCAUGAGCUCAUCCGGUGGAAGGACCUGCCGGUGCCCCAUGACCUGUACUGGUGGCUGGUGGUGGAAGACUGCAACACCCAUAGCUCUUGGUGGCGAGAGACUGCAUGUGGUGACGCAAUGACGCGCUGA